AUGAGUGACACCAAGGACGCCACAGCUGAUACCCGUCGUCUCAUUCUGAUCAGUGUCCCACGCACUGCCUCCAACCUUCUCUUGAAAAUCCUGAUCAUCUCCAAGCAACCCAACCUGCUUUCCAGUCCAAAAGAGGGCUAUUUCUUCUACUCAGCUUUCCUCGAAAGCACAGUCGCUAGUGGUGAUGCCACCAGAUCAGCAGACCAAUGGACCGAGGAACAAAAGCACCACAUCCGGAACUCUUACCAGAAAUGUAUCGAGUCAUUAGAAGAGUACUCCUCACGAGCAAUUGAGAAUAACAAGAGAAUGUUCACAAAGGAGCAUUCGUCAUGGCUGUUCAGUCCUGCAACCAUUCAGAAACGAGUAACUGGCAUCCAUAACGACGAAUUCUUCAAAGCAUUUCGUGUGGACACACCGGAAAAGUAUGGUCCGACAAAGACAUACUCUCCUUCCAACGAGACGAUCUUUUCAGACGAGUAUCUCCGCUCAUGGCAAAUGGCCUUCAUUAUCCGUCACCCGGCUCUAGCUUGGCCAUCUGUUUACCGUUCCUUGAUGAAGAUGUCUGAGUUUGGAAUUAUGGCUCAGGAUAGUGUCAUAGGUACAUCGUUUACGCAUAUGGAUAUGCGAUGGACACGCCUUCUUUACGACUGGUGUUUAGAGCAGCCUGAUACACCUGCACCACCACUUCUUGACGCGCAUGACCUGAUUCACAACCCAGAAAUUGUGCUCGAGUUCUGUGAGAGGACUGGACUGGAUAAGAAUGCUCUGCAGUUUGAGUGGCCAGACAAGAAUGAGGCCAAGAAGUCUCUCAUCUGGGCUUGUCACAACCCCGAGGCUGGUGAUGUAAAGGUGAAAAUGCACCAGAAUGCUGCUGGUGUGUUGCUUGUGACUCUUGAGGCUUCAACUGGUAUUGUCAAUAGUAAGACACCCGAAACUAUUGAUGUUGCUGCAGAGCUAGAGAGUUGGAGGGAGGAAUUGGGUGUUGAGGUUGCCACGCUCAUUGAAAAUGCGGUUCGAAAGUCCAUGCCUGAUUAUGAGUACUUGAUGACUCGACGCUUGAUGGUAAAAUUAGUGUAA